AUGUUGUAUACGAAGAGGCGAUCAUUUUGCUAUGUACUCCAUCUUUUCAUUCAGAAAACCCAUAAAAAAUUUCAACAUUCCGAUAAGAAAACCCUAAUCGUGAUAUCUUCUCCUCUUAAACGCAAUGGUGUUGUGGCGUAUACGUGCAAAUAUGGAGGAAAUCGAUGUUGGACGUUGUUACUGUUAUACCAUGGUGGAGAGUUCACAAAAUUUCCUGGAAGAAAGUACAUCAAAGGAAAACAAACGUAUAUAGACUUACUCGACAUGGAUACUUUCUCAGUGCAUGACAUUGAUGAAAUGAUGGAACAGUUAGGCUAUGUUGAUGAAGUGAUCAGGAUGCUUUUCUUAGAUUGGUAUGAUAUUGGGGAGACAAAUGUUGUUGGGCAUGCUUCUAAAGAGGCUAAUGUAAUGGACCUCACUGGAGAUGACAAUAUGGACAUAACUGAUAAUGGGGAUAAUAACAAGGAAGGAAAUCCAUGCGUUGAAGUUGAAAUUGGGGACAGAUUUGAGCACACAAAUGAAGUUGAAUUUAGGGAUGGUAACAAGGAUGGAGAAGAUCCAUGGGCUGAAUUUGAAAGUGGGGACAUGUUUGAGGACAUAAACAAAGAAGAAUUUGGAAGUGGGGACAACUUUGACGAUGCUAGUGGUUAUAAAUCUAGUGAGUCCGAUGAUAUAGACUUUUAUGUUGACAAUGACAACAUCUUAGAUGAUGUAGAAGUUGACAUGAAUGAUUUCAUUGAUAACAUUGAUAUGGAUGCAGAGUGGGUUGGAGGUAUGAAUGAUAAUGUGGUACAAGAAGAGAAUGAAGUUGGAGAGCUUAAUGAAGUACUAAAUAACGAGGUACUUUUGUCAGGCUCAUCUUCAGAUGAAGGUCCAGUUGGUCAACGAAAGAAGACCAUCAAAGCUAUCCAACGAGCUCAUGAGAAUGAUGAAGCAAAUGUUGCUGAACCAUUUUAUAUCCUUCAAACCUUUAAUACAGCCCAAGAGUUUAAAGAAAGAGUUAAAGUCCAUGCUAUUGAGACAAGAAGGGAACUUGACAAAAGUGGGGAAGGUCAACAAGAAGUCAACAAUGAAGAUGAAGAGAAGUGCCCGUGGAGCCUCUACACUAGUAAAUGGAAACGUGAUAUAAACUGGAUGGUCAAAUCUUACAACAAAGAACAUCGUUGUCUCCAAACUCGGAAUGUUAAAGCUUGUACUUAUAAGUUUCUCACCAAAAAGAUUACAACUCAGGUGGAAUCUAACCCAACUAUUCCAAUUCGUGCUUUACAAGAACAACCGCAACGUGAUUACCAAGUGGGACUUUCCAAGAUGAAAGUGUUUAGGGCUAGAACUGAAGCUCUCAAUCAGGUGCGAUGGGAUUAUGUUGAGAGUGAACCAAAUCCAAAUUCAGAAACUAGAACUUUCAAGCGCAUAUACAUGUGUCUUGGUCCUUUAAAAAAGGGAUUUGCUGCUGGAAGAAGAGACUUUUUUGGUGUCGAUGGUGCUUUUAUGAAGGGUCCAUACCCAGGACAAAUACUUUUAGCUGUGGGAAUUGAUGGUAAUAAUGGAACAUAUCCACUAGCUUAUGCUGUUGUGGAAUCUAAGAGUACCAACUCAUGGACUUGAGCUCAUACAGAUGUUAUGCUUAACAAUAUGUGUGAAUCUCUAAAUAGCAAGAUUGUUGAAGGUCGUGAUGUACCAAUCAUUACAUGUUUGGAGUACAUUAGAGAGUACUUAGUGAAGAAAAUUGUAACUGUGAAAAAGGAAAUUGAUAAAGCUGUAGGUCCCUUGACUCCUACAGCUACCAUAUGGGUUGAAAAACUGAAGAAAGAGGCUUCACAAUUAAGGUGGGAACUAAUAGGGAUACCAUGUGCACAUGCAAUAGCAUGUAUGUGGGAGAUGUUGAAGAACAAAGAAAUUGAUAAGAUACCCGAACAUUGGGUCCACCGAGCAUAUUGGUUAGAAACAUGGAAGAAUAUGUAUUCUUUUACAAUUCAGCCAAUCAAUGGAAGGAACAUGUGGGAGAAGUCUACAUGCCCUACAACCUUACUCCCUCCAAAACACCAUGUGCCCAUUGGAAGACCAAAGAAAAAGAGAAGGAGAUCUGCCAUGGAGGUUGAGGAUUUGGUGAAAGGUAACCAAUUGUCAAGAGCACAAAAAUCAGUGACAUGUUCUAAGUCUAACAAAAGUGGGCAUAAUGCAAGGACUUGCAAGGGACAGAAGGUUGGUGGUUCUCAAACAUCAAGGAAUGUUGGUGGAUCACAAACUUCAAAGAUUGUUGGUGGUGCUGGUAGUGAAAAACUGAAAGUUGGAAGUGCAAAAGUGAAGGCUGGUGGAUCACAAACUUCAAAGAAUGUUGGUGGUGUUGGUAGUGAAAAAGUGAAGGCUGGAAGUGCAAAAAUGAAGGCUCGUGGAUCACAAACUUCAAGGAAUGUUAGUGGUGCUGGAAGUGCAAAAGUGAAGGAUGGAAGUGCAAAAGUGAGGCCAAGUGUUAUCAAAAAAGGGAAAGGUGUCCCAUAA